AUGAAGUUCGGCGAGCAGCUGCGGUCGAGCGUCAUCCGUGAGUACCAAUGGUAUUACAUCGACUACAAUAACCUCAAGGCCGAGCUCAAGAAUCCUACCGGUCCGCCAAAGGCUGGCGACGCUGCGGCCUGCGAAUGGACAGAAGAGGACGAGAUUCGGUUUGUAGGCAAGCUCGAGGCAGAGCUUGAAAAGGUCCACACCAAGCAGCAGGUCAAGGCCAUGGAAAUUUCCAGACGCAUUGCCGUCAGCGACCACGAGGUCAAUGAUGUCGUCAAUCGUCUGAACGAACGUGGCCUUGGCGAGGAUGGCCCUAGUGAGGAGGAGUUUAUGCUGUUGGAGGAAGAUUUGAGUGACAUCAUUGCCGAUGUUCACGACCUCGCCAAGUUUGUGCAGCUCAACUACACCGGUUUCUACAAGAUUAUCAAGAAGCACGAUAAAAUGACUGGGUGGCACCUUCGUCCCGUCUUCGACACCCGGCUGAAAGCGAAGCCGUUUUACAAGGAGAAUUACGACGCCUCCGUCAUUAUGCUUUCCAAACUUUACGACUUGGUCCGAACCCGCGGUAAUCCGGCCAAAGGCGACAGUGCCGCUGGCGGUGGACAGGCAAACUUCGUGCGGCAAACCACCAAGUACUGGGUUCAUCUAGACAACGUCACCGAGCUGAAACUCAUCAUCCUGAAGCACUUGCCGGUGCUGGUGUUCAAUGCCAGCAAGGAAUUCGAUCAGCAAGACGCCGCCAUCACAUCCAUAUACUAUGAUAAUCCGGAAAAAUGGGACUUGUACGAAGGCAGAUUGAAGAAGACGGAAGGAGCUGAAGCCAUUCGGCUGCGAUGGUAUGGAGGCAUGCAGACAGAAACCAUUUUUGUGGAGCGCAAAACUCACCGGGAGGACUGGACCGGGGAGAAAUCGGUCAAGGCCCGGUUCGCCAUCAAGGAGAAGAACGUCAAUGCCUACAUGCGAGGUGAAUUGCUACCCGCUACCAUCUUUGAAAAGGCUCGCAAGGAAGGCAAGAAGUCGGAAAAGGCCAUCGCCGAGGACGAGCGGCUGGCUUCCGAGAUUCAGUACUCCGUCCUCAAGAAGGGGUAUAAGCCAGUCUGCCGCUCGUUUUACAACCGGACAGCCUUUCAGCUUCCCGCCGAUGCAAGAGUGCGAAUUUCGUUGGACACGGAGCUGACCAUGGUUCGCGAGGAUAACCUCGACGGCCGCACCCGAAGUGGCGACAAUUGGAGACGCAUGGAUAUCGGAAUUGAUUGGCCCUUUUCACAGCUUCCGGCUGAGGAUGUCGUUCGAUUUCCUUAUGCCGUUCUCGAGGUGAAGCUCCAGACUCAGAUGGGACAAGAACCCCCCGAAUGGGUCCGGCAGCUCAUUUCUUCGCAUCUCGUCGAAGCUGUACCCAAGUUUUCCAAGUUUAUCCACGGCACAGCGUGCUUGUUCCCUGAGCGGAUCAAGCUGUUGCCUUUCUGGAUGCCUCAGAUGGAUGUGGAUAUCCGCAAGCCCGCGUCCCAUGACUUUGGCAUUCGUCGUCCUGGGCCCUCGGCCACGUCCAACGCUUUCGACGACGACGACGACGAUGAUGAUGACGACGACGAUGACGACGACGAAUAUUUAGAAUCUGAUGACGAUGAUGACCACCCAGCUGGCCGCUCCGGAACCUCCAACGGUCACCAGCCGUCUAGCUCACGUGCUCAAGCUCGGCUGACGGAUGCAGAGGGUCAGACUGCCGACCAGCCGUCUAGUCACGAGGACUACCCCAUCUACGACUCGGAUGAUGAGUAUGACGCCAACUACGAGCUGGAGGAGGCGAGGCGAGUAGGCGGCUGGCACUACUACUCCACCCUCUUCACUGCCAAGGGACGGGCGGCUCUCACCAAGACCCUCAACGUGCUGAAGCUUCUGAUCCCGAUUCCUUACAGCACCACGAUCCCUCGGAGCGAAAGGCUGCAGAUGCUGUUCGGCUCUGGUGCUAUCCAGCAAAGGAAGUUCAAAGCACCCCCUGGCAAGAAGAUUUAUGUUCCCGUUCGCGUCGAGCCCAAGGUCUACUUUGCCGCUGAGCGCACCUUUCUCGGAUGGCUCGAAUACUCCAUCUACAUCGGCACCAUUGCAGUCACGCUCCUCAACUUUGGCGAGCAUCCCACCCCUGCAUCCUUCUGGAUCGCCGGCAUCUUCACCCUCCUGGCGUUUUUGAGCCUAUGCUACUCUGUCGGCAUCUACUUGUAUCGGAGCGAUUCCAUCCGCAACCGGAAGGCGGCAAGGUUCUACGACAAGUGGGGGCCCAGUGCGCUGUGCGUGUCACUGUUUGUUGCUGUCCUGUUGAACUUUGCCCUCGAGGGGAGAGAGAGGCAUGUCUGGUGA